AUUAUAUUUAUAACUAUUUAAAUAUUUUAAGUAAUUUUGUUUGAAACCGAAGAUAUUAAGAGAUGAUUUAUCAAAUUAAGAUAUUAUUGUUUGCAUGUUACAUUUUAUCGGCUUUUUGUGCUCCCAUUAAUUGUAAAGAUAAACCAUUGAAAAUUGAAGAUUUUCAAAAAGAUCAGGUUGUAAAACCAAGUAAUCAUGAAGACCUUUCAAAUGAACAUAAUGAAAUACAAAAUAAUAAUGAAAAUAUUCUUAAUGAAUGCAAUGAAUGCAAUGAAAACAAUGAAAUGCAGUUCAACAAUAAUUUAAGUGUCUCAGAAAUAAUUAGCAUGCAGAUGAAUACAUUGUUAUUAAAAGAAGAUACAAAUCAAGAUUGUAUGGUUACUAUUAAGAAACUUCGUGAAUUAAAACGCGUUAUGUUUAACGAAGGUACCAAUGUGGGUAUUUCAGAUACAAAAAACACAGACAAUGAAAAUAUAAAAUUGAAUAUAGAAAAUUUAAUGGAUUUAUUUAACAGUACCAUUAUAUUUAAAAUUAAUUAUUUAACUGAUAUUUUGGAAAGUUUUAAAAAUAUUGAUGGAUAUAUUCCUGUCGAUAAAGUACAUCAAGCAUUUACAAUGAGCAAAUUAAAUAAAAAUAUAGUAGACAUAAUUCUAAAGAGAUUGACAAAACAAAAUGGCUGUGUUAAAUAUGAUGAUCUCAUAAAACAUUUAAAAUGAAAUGUAGUACAUUAUAUAUGUGUAAAGAUUUAUAAAUGACCGCUAUUUAAUUAUUUACUGUUUAAUUUAUUAUUAUUUAAUAAAUUUCAAUAUGACAAUA